CUUGAAAAAGGACAGGCUGCUGUUGCUGCGGCUUCUGACUCUAGUGACAAAUCAAAGGAUAAAUUGGACCAGAAGACACUUCGCCGGCUGGCUCAAAAUCGUGAAGCUGCUAGAAAAAGCCGGUUAAGGAAAAAGGCAUAUGUGCAACAACUAGAGAGUAGCAGGUUAAAGCUUAAUCAACUUGAGCAGGAGCUUCAGCGAGCACGCCAACAGGGCAUCUUCAUUUCAAGCUCAGGAGAUCAGUCCCAUUCCAUGGGUGGAAAUGGGGCUUUGGCAUUUGACAUGGAAUAUGCACGAUGGCUAGAAGAACACCAUCGACAGAUCAAUGAGCUGAGGGCUGCAGUGAACUCACAUGCAAGUGACAAUGACCUCCGUGCUAUUGUUGAUAGCAUUAUGGCACAUUAUGAUGAAAUUUUUAGGCUCAAAAGUGUGGCAGCCAAAGCAGAUGUUUUUCACAUGUUGUCAGGAAUGUGGAAGACGCCCGCGGAAAGGUGUUUUCUGUGGCUUGGGGGUUUCCGGUCAUCUGAACUUCUCAAGCUACUUGCAAAUCAGCUGGAGCCUCUUACAGAGCAGCAGUUGGUGGGGAUAUGUAAUCUACAGCAGUCCUCCCAGCAGGCUGAGGAUGCACUGUCACAAGGAAUGGAAGCGCUGCAGCAAUCCUUGGCAGAAACUUUGGCUUCUGGAUCGCUUGGGCCCACAGGAUCAUCUGGUAAUGUAGCAAAUUACAUGGGUCAGAUGGCAAUGGCCAUGGGAAAGCUUGGCACUCUUGAAAAUUUCCUCCGCCAGGCCGACAAUUUGCGUCAACAAACCCUACAACAAAUGCUUCGCAUAUUAACAACACGCCAAUCAGCCCGUGCACUCCUUGCCAUACAUGACUACUUUUCUCGACUCCGUGCAUUAAGCUCGCUUUGGCUUGCUCGACCAAGAGAGUGAGGGCUAAACUGAUUGAGCCCAUCAUUUGUGCGGUUAAUGGGUCAUCAAGCCUGGAAUGUAUGUUCGCUCGGGCAGAUGAGCUUGUUACGAAGAUAUCCGACAACUGUGCCGUGGUGCUUCUGGAUCGUCUAUAUAUAUAUAUAUAUAUUCGAUCUGGGGAGCCUUGCUGUACCAUCUCCUGGUGCAGGAAACACAUGUGAAUGUUUAUUAUAUGCUCUAAUUAAUUUACAUGCUUUGGUGUUGCCGUGAUGUAUACAUUCAUGGAAUGUGCAGAGACGUGAAGGGUGUAUUCGCUUGAAAAAUUGACUGAGCCUGCUCUAACCUGUCAAUAAAAUUGAUGUUUAAUAGAGUAAACU